ACCUUCGCUGCCCUCAUAUUGCUCCAGCGACUCAAGGCACGUUUUCCCAUUGCCUGGGGUUCUUCCGGUCACCGUCUUUUCAUGUCUGCUUUCAUGCUCGCAUCAAAGGUUAUCUGUGACGACACUUACUCCAACAAAUCCUGGAGUAUUGUAGUGCAGGGCAUGUUCCAAUUGCGAGAAAUUAACCAGAUGGAACACAAGAUGUGUCAGUAUCUC